AUGAUCAAACGUUUUGCUAUUCUAAUUACAUUAGUAGCAUUGAUAUCACGAAAAUUCCUAAUACAUUGUUCAUUAUCGUCAAUGCUAAAAAAUCCGAUAUUGCAAUCAUCAUCAUCAGUAACAUCAUUUUGGAUAGCUGUUGAACCAUUAUCUGUUACAUGGACUAAAGGAUGUUUAGCGGCUGCCGGAUGUGAUGAUUCUAGGUUAACAUUAUUGGAAUGGAAUUUAGUUAGCGAUGAAAGAAUUUCAUCCAGUUGGUCUAUACAUGAAUUAUUUGAUUCUUCACAUAUGUUUGUAAGUUAUUGGAAUAAAGGAAAGCCUGCGGAUAUAACAAUCAAUUAUGAGAUAGUAGGCGCUGAUCCAAUUUAUGGAUUCUCAAGAACAUGUGAUUCCACGCGAUCAGUUCGUGUUUUUGAUGAUAAGCAUAAAUUAGAAUCGAAAUCAAUAGGACAAACAAUCACAACAACAACAACAACAACAACAACUUUCUCACAACAAUCUGAUAAAGUAACUUUAAAUUUAACCGGUAAAUGUUUUAAUGCAGCGAUAAUUAUACAAAAGUAUGAAUCGAAUUGUCCAUGGUGCUCAUAUGGUGAAAGAUAUGCAAUUAUCGGCCAGUUAUCAGAAUUUGAAUCGCAUAAUUCACUGAACAAUUCAUCGGAAACAAUGACUGAUAUAGGCCUAAUAAUACUGUCAGCAAUUGCAAUUGCAACAUCUGCUGCAUUUUCAUGCGUACUAAUUGCUUAUCUUCGCGAACGACGAUCUAAUUUUGGAAGAAAUGCUGGAAAAUGUAGUAAUAAUUCAACGAUCUAUCGUGGAUAUCAUACUACCUCGAAUAAGAAACGAUUAACAAAUAUUGAAAUUACAAAGUAUCAACCAGUGCGUAGUUAUCCGACAUUAAUAUCACAUCGAAUGGAAAGCAAUCAUUGUGGAACAAUUACCGGAAAUAAAAGCAUUUCAGGUUGUGGUAUUUCAGUCAAUAAUUGGAACACAAAAUCAGUGUUAUUUGAUGGAGGAGUAAAUAGGUAUCAUAAGCCUACUGAUAUAAUAACUUUUUGUAAUGAUAAUUUGAAAGUAUAA